GUCGUAGGUGCUAGGGUCUGCGCCACACACCUAGCAGCUCCCACCCAAGGCUGACCGCCCUGUUCUCCCUCAGAAUCUCAGCAGAAACUUUCCCCUCUGUCCCCGGCGCCACCGCGAGUUGCUUAGCCGACCUCUGGCAGUGAGGACGCCCGUCCUGUGCCCAGGAGACGCCCUUCGGGACGCGUGCAGCCCUGCCCUCGGGACUUCGGUCCAGCACGGGACCAGUGGAAGGUUCCUACAGAACAGCCUGGCUUUCCUGGGCCAUCGGUGAUUCUUGGAGGUCCAUGGAAAAUGGGAGGCCUCCCGACCCCGCAGACUGGGCCGUGAUGGACGUUGUCAACUAUUUCCGAACAGCGGGAUUUGAGGAACAGGCUGGUGCAUUUCAGGAGCAGGAAAUUGAUGGAAAAUCCCUGCUCUUGAUGACGAGAAAUGACGUGUUGACAGGACUUCAGUUAAAACUGGGGCCUGCUCUGAAAAUCUAUGAGUAUCAUGUAAAACCUCUUCAGACCAAGCAUUUAAAGAACAACUCUUCAUAGUAAAAUCACACUGAGGUCUCAGUCCUCAGAACAGAGUGCACAGUGUUGUAAUUUAGUUUCAUGUUGUGAAACUCUGCAAACAGAAUACAUAGACGUGUAUUUGUAAAGAAUUUCGAUCCAACAAAGUGUUAUCCUAUUGGAUAGACCAGGCAAUCCAUCCGCUGGCCUGUCUCAGCCUGGAGGAGCAAAAGCAGAGCGAGCAUAAGAUGAUUGUCCCUGUCAAACCAAGUUGUCACCAACUCUUAGGUACCCCUCCCCUCGGGCACUUUGAUAUCAUAGGAAUUUUCUUUCUUUCAUCAAAGAGUGUUUUCCAUCAACUCCUUUUAAAAAAAAAAGGAUGGAAGUGGAAUGUGUGUCCUUGGGUUAUAGACUUAGAAAUGACAAUUACCAGAGCUCCCUGGGGUGGGGGGAGCGAGGAGGACUGCCAUCUCCCUGGAGUCACUCUGCUCCUAGAUAUACGGUCCUUGGAUGGAUCUUCCUACACCCUUUGGCUAUAGAGGGUUCUCCACUCGACCUUGUUAAGGUUUCACGGGAUGUGCCAUGCUGUGUUUGAGUUGAACACGCCCCAGACCCCCUUCAGGAGCAAAACUCUCUCUGAGAAGAGAAACUUGUUUUCUUGGAGAUAUCUAUUGCCAUCAACUCACUGUCAUGGGGAAGUAAGAAUAUUUCCUGCUUACGUUGGUUUCCUUAUUGCUGAAGAAAGCAUUUAAUGUUUUGUUUUUUGUUUUGUUGUUGUUAUUUUGCUUUUUUCUACCUUAUGGUUUGUAUUUAUAGUAAUUUCUUUUUGAAGCAAUUUGCCAAGGGUUAAUAGAUGAUGCCAAGGCUCUGUUGAUAGCACAGAAUAUUUUUAUAUUUUACAUAUAAAAUAUAUAUCCCUCCAUGAUGCUGUAAUCGUUUUUUAGCUGUCCUCUGCUGUACUUGGUCCCUGGUUUGAGUACCAAUCUUUGAGAACUUUAAAAAGUAGGCUUACUACAUCUCUGUUCCAAGAGGCACUUACUGAGUGAUAUGUGUCCAUGCCUCGUUGAGUUGGUGCUUUGUGAUUGCAAUAAAAUGCCAUUUCAGUUCA